GCUCGAGAGCGACCGAAGCGAGAGCACGAGAGCUGGAGGGGGAUUUCCAGCUCGAGCCCUUACUUCCCGAAGCAGCCGUUGUUUUGCUUUCGGUCUGAAUGCAGAAACAGAAAUAAACGACGGCCAUCCUCGCCCCCUUUUUCCACUUUAAACCUCUGACUUAUCCAACUUUGGCCGCGCUCGCGACCCGGACAGCAGCAGCGGUGUGAGGCAGUAAGGCCGUCCGAACUGAGCAGGCCACAAUGCCAGUAGAGAGAAUGAGGAUGCGGCCGUGGCUGGAGGAACAGAUCAAUUCCUGUCAGAUCCCAGGACUGAAAUGGGUUAAUAAAGAAAAGAGAAUCUUCCAGAUCCCGUGGAUGCACGCCGCUCGUCACGGCUGGGACCUGGAGAAAGAUGCUCCGCUCUUCAUGAGAUGGGCCAUACACACUGGUAAAUACCAGCCAGGAGUCGACCGUCCGGAUCCAAAGACAUGGAAGGCUAAUUUCCGCUGUGCCAUGAACAGCCUGCCAGACAUCGAAGAAGUAAAGGAUAAAAGCAUCAAAAAGGGAACAAACGCUUUCAGAGUUUAUAAAAUGCUCUCAUCCACGGAGAGGAGCAUGAAGAAAGGAAAGAAGAAGCUGGACAAGGAGGGAAAGCCCAGAGGAAACAAGGAGGUGGCGUCUCCGUCCCCAGACAGGACUGCUGAAGCUUUUCCUGGACCUGCGGACUCCAUGAAGCCUGAAACGCUCAAGCAGGAAUUGUUGGAGCUCAGUGUGACUGACAGCGGCUCAGCCAUUCACAGUUCGGGUGAGGACAACGUGAUCAACAGCGAGCAGCUGCCGUACGUCUGCCAGACGAUCGAAGUGACCACUGAAAACGAAGAGCAGACCGUCAGCUCCUCCCACUCGUACCCACUCCAGAUCUCUCCGGUGUCUUCAUGCUGCGGCAGCGACACAGACAGCGAUACAGAUGAAAUCAAAGAGGGCAUCGGUGCCGUGUGGAAGCGGGAUUACAACACAACCCUUCUCAGGAUCCCCCCGUGUUCCCUCCCCAGCAUGGCCACCUUCGUCAGUCCAAGCAAGCCCAACUUCCGGGUCACCAGCACCAGAGACCCCGCCCCCCUCAUCAGCUACCACGUCGACGGCUGGAUGCCCACCUACAGCCAGAACUCUGUCAUGACAACGGCGGGCAGCCACAACCACGAGAUGCGGGCGAGCGUCAUUAGGAAAACCUCCGAUGUCACUUCCUCCUGACCUUUGACCUCGGGGGGGGGCAGAAGUGACAGCGAACGCUCGGUUUCGCCAUCAGGGCUGCACGGGGCUUCACAAACUAAAACAGGAGGCAAACUUCCAAACUUAAUUUAUCGUAGCGACUGCUGGUCCUCAGGAAGUGGUGAGUAGAGGAACACUCGCCUCGUCCACGUCCCUGCUGCUUCUGCUAACCUGUUAGCAUUUUUUAAAAGAAAGAAAAGGAAACAGCUUUUAUUCGUGAGACGUUCUCAUUGCUUUUACUACUUAACUUGCAGAUGAAUUAAUUUGAUCUUAAUGAGAUCUGUUAGCCUGAACUACAUCCUCAUUUUCCUCCAAUCACGUCUCAGAACAGUAUGAGCUCCACUGCUGGUAUGAAAUGCUUUACUGGGGAAGCAAAUCGAAGACUUGUGGCUUUGUUGGUGUAAACAAUCACAUUUAUUCUCCCCACAGAGGAAAACAGGUGUGUGUUCCUCCUGGCGUCUGUAUUGUACAUAGCUCAUGUUUGUAUGCCUGCAAAUGCUUCAGCACCUUAUGGAAAGCACUGGUGUGUGUGAGUGUGAAAGCAAAGCCUUACUGGAAAUAUGUGCCUUCUGACAGUGUGUCUGUGUUCAAACUACCUGUGCUUUGGUCUGCUGGCGGCACAUGCCAGACGCCAUGAGGAGAAGCUUUCCUGUUCAGAAGUCUGAAGUAAGAGGAUGAUAUUCUGAUCCCCUCUGUACAUCCUGCAGCCAGCAGGCUAAAGCACAGCCACGGCUUUAAGAGCAGAAACGGUGAAAAAGUCUGAACUGACCCCUCCAGUUUGUAACACUGGAUGCAUGAAACUGAUGUUAUGAAAUCUCGCUGGAUCCCAGGGGUUUAAUUCAGCUAAAGGCAAUCAUAUGUGCCUUUAGCCCCGUUUCCACUGAGCGGUUCGGUCGGGUCGGUGCGGUGCGGUGCGGUUCUUUGUGUGUGUCCUUUAUAAAAUGGGGCUAUACAACCGAACCAAACAGCACCAUCUAUGCACCCCCUUCAGUUAUUGGUCCAUAGGAAAAUGUGGUGCGUUUAAGACGGCGCUACUGGCGUCCAUGACAGAAAAACGUCACCGCCCACCACAAAACAAGCGUGAAACAAGCGUUGCCGUUCAGUUCUUGGUUCAGUUGGACGUUGGAAAGAUAACAGGAAAAGGAUGCAAACAGCAGCAGGUCUGGUCGUGUGAUGCGGCGUGUAACCAGCUGCUGAUUGGCCUCCAUUGUUGUUUGUAGCGUCACGUUUGUUGUCGUUGCACUAGUAUGACGCAACGCCACGCAGUAGUCGAAACCCUGCACGCCCAUGGCGGUCCGACUUGCAGUGGGGACGCUCCCCUCCAUUGGCUGGACCAAACUAAAACUUCUGAACCGGCCCAGACCGCUCAGUGGAAAUGGGGACCCGACUUCAUGGCUUACUUUAGACUGCCUGCUCCAGACGCUGCAAUACGUGAUGAUAUUUAUAAGAAUGUGCAAAUAACUUGACAAACAUCCUCCUCCUUUAUGUUGGACCAGUGUGUCAGUGGUCACAUCCCUCAUCUGUGUGUAAUCAUGAAAGUAACCUGCUCAUAAGAAAACAUCUGGCCUACAGUCAGAGCCCCAGCAGGCUGACGUAAAGGUUUUCUGUGUGGAACUGUAAACAUGCACUUUUCUCUUAUUUCUGCUUUAUUUUCUGCUUAAAAGGGACGUCAUUACAACCUGAAGUCGACCGUGAAAGCUGCUGGCAGGGAUCGUAAAAUUCCUCUCGGGCUUUUUUCUUUGAUUCAGCCUCUAAAUCACUGAUAAGUUAAAGCCGAGUUGUCACGGCGCUGAUCACACACACCAUAAACACCAAUAAAAACUAACCAUUACCUUUUAAAGAAAACCUUAUAAUUACUCAGCUUUCUGCAAGAGAAGAGCAGCUUUCACUGCAGCAUAUCACCCUCAUUAUGUUUGUCUGUACGUUAAAAAAACGUGAAUCAACAUGUAAAUCAGAAAUAAAGACUUUUUCUAUUUAA